CGGGGGGCGGUGCUCGGAGCGCCACCCUGAGGGGACGCGGCGGCCGCAGCCAUGGGCGCUAGGCCUGCGGGGGCGCGCAGGGGGCGCGAGGAGCGGCCGAGCCAGGCGGGAGACGCCGCGGCCGGGACUGGCCGUCGACCCUGAGCCGCCGGGGGAUCCCCGCCCGCGCUGCGAGGAGGGCCUGUGGGCGCUAGCGGGGCGCCUCGGGGGAGCCGGGCCGGUCGGCAGGGGCGCGUGGGCACAUCGGGGGCCGCGGUGACCACCCCACCCCCUGCCCGGCACGGUAGGGGGUCAGGGCGCGUCCGCAGCGGCCGCCGCACCUCCGCGGCUGGGGAAUCUGGGGCCCAGGGCCGCCCCCGGAUGGCUGAGCUGCCCCCGCGCCGGCCGCCCGGUCGCCGCAGCGGCUGAGCUCGCCGCCCCCUGCAUGCCCGGCGCCCGGAUCGCAGCCCACCUGGACGCACUGGGCCCCCUGGUCCCCUACGUGCAGCCUCCGCUGCUGCCCUCUAUGUUCUUCGUGGGCCUGUUUUUCGUCAACGUGCUGAUCCUAUACUACGCCUUCCUCAUGGAGUACAUCGUCCUCAACGUGGGCCUCGUCUUCCUGCCCGAGGACCUGGACCAGGCGCUCGUGGACCUCGGCGUGCUCUCCGACCCCGGCUCGGGCCUCUACGAAAGACAACCUCGGAAGCUCGAAUUUUUCGAUGGG